AUGUGGCUACAGCUCCUCAACGCCAGCGACCUGCUCUUCUUUCAUCCGGUGUCUUUUGAAGAUGAAGGCAGAGCCCGUCUUUCCAAAGCAGAGCACCCCGCGAGCAUUUCGGCGUCUCUCACUCGCGCCCGCCAGCAGGUCGAGUGGGCGCUGAGUAGGCUGUUCAAUCUCCGUCAUAUCGGCACACGCACGCAAGUCAAGAACGUGCCAGCUUUCUCCCGCGCCAACGAGGACUACGUCCCCUCACGCACACGCUUCCUUCUGCGCCGUAUCUUCACAGUGGCUGUCGCCUAUCUUGUCGUUGACCUCAUCAGCAGUCAACCGCCACCGCCAGACUUGGAUGCUGCUUUUUCGCCCCACAAGCAGUAUGUCUUUUCUCGAUUCACUGAAAUCACUGGGGAAGAAGUCUUGGGAAGAUUUCUGGGUACGCUUGCUUUUUGGCUCUCUCUCGCGUCACUCAUUCAGUUGCUCUACAACGUCCCGGCCAUUGUGGCUGUUGCCACCGGAAUUAGUGAGCCGGAAAGUUGGCCGCCUUUGACGGAGUGGAUGUCAGAAGGAUGGAAUUUGCGGCGGUUCUGGGGCCUAGCCUGGCAUCAAUGCCUCCGCCAGCCUCUCACCACCCACGCGACCUAUCUCGUCUCCCUGCUCAGCCCCACCGGGCUCUCGGAAUCAUGGCCCCUCCUACCUCGCUACGCACGCCUGCUCGCGACUUUCGCGCUCUCAGGCCUCCUUCACUGCGCAGCCGAGCACGCGGCGCUGAUCCCAUCCGCCGAGGCCGGCGCCCUGCGCUACUUCAUCAUGCAGGGCGUGGGCAUUAUGGUGGAAGACGCGGUUGCGGGGCUGUGGCAACGGCAGCAGAGGCAAGAAGACUGCGUAGAAAAAGGUGAAAGUGAGGGUGAGGGAGGGAAGGAGGUGCGUAUGUGGGUCAAGGCAGCGGGCUGGGCGUGGGUCGUGCUGUGGCAGGUGUGGACGACGCCGGGCUGGAGCUGGCCGUUCGCCAGGCAUGCACGACCGGGAGUGGAUCGCAUGGUGCCGGGGUCAGUCAUCAGGCUGCUGGCUGCUGGGGCAUGA